UACGUAGCCAUUCUUCAUGGCAUAUAGUUGUAGGUGUUAUAAUAAUAUUAUCAAAUCGAUGGAUCUGAAUCCACAAAUGACCCAGGUUUAUAUCUGAUUCUUUAAAAAAAUAAUAAUAACUAUAAUAAUAAAACAAACAAAACAUACGUUAUAAAUUAUUACGAUUCCAAGGUUCGAUUUCCCCUCCAACGCUACCAUCAAAGUGAGUUAAUUUAGCCACGAUGACGGACACAUUUCCAUUGGUGUUGCUCAUUUUAUUUAAAGUCAUUUCUGCAGGUAGCCAAACGGCUCCUUGGGUGCUCAACAGAGCUGAUCCUGGCAGUAGUAGCGUGUCGUUCUUCAACAACACUGUCACUGACUCUUACAUGAUGGUGAGAUGGACCUGGAGGGACUCGGCUAGCGGCUUCUGGGACACCAGGCUGAGAGUGACGCUCAACAAAGAAGAUAUAACCGGCGGUGGAUUCUCGUACUCCGACCAGUAUGAAAACGAAUUGGCGUCGGUCAGGUGGUUUAGAACUAAAAUGGAUGGACCGAUCAAAUGGAAGUACACCGCAUUUUCUUCGCCUCCCGACAGCUGGUGGAUGACUUCGGUGGUGCCGAAUGGCAAUAUAACUUGGGGAUUCAAAAAUCAGAUCAUUGACGGCUCGUGGGUGUUUAGAGUCGGUAAUGACACGCUUGAACCGAAAAACCAUCAAAAUGUUGAUGGAUGGUCACAAGGGACAGGAAAUAGAUGGAAGCGAUCUUUGAAGUCAUACGAGAAUGGCAUAGACAACCCACAAACAAAACAAGAGCAUUUUAUCAAAAUAAAACGAAGUCCCUCUGAAGAGGACUACGAUGAUGAUGAGGAAGAAGAUAUAUUUCAAAAAAUUAUUGGAUGUUUUAUGGAGUUUUUCAAAGCGUUAGAAGGAAUUUUUCAGAAUUCAGGGUGACAUAUUAUGCCAUUUACUAGCAAUGAGCCAAUAUAAUUAUUAACUAUACUACUUUCCCAGAGUACAAUGAGCGGGACAUCAUCACUAUAAUAUAUAAUAUUUUGUUUUUGUCACCACUUAUUGUAUCGCACUUAUU